AAAGCUGGAAUUCCAUCCAAACAUGCGGAUACCACCGUUAUCGGCGGUCUUGUACCGUCAAUUGGGAGCACGAGCUAGCACAGGGGCCCACAGGUCGCAGUGGUCGCCAUGGGUGCGGUCGUGUCAACUGCGAUAUAAUUCUUCAGGCACCCCUCAAAAGGAAGUGACCGUCGAAGGCAAAACCUAUACGACCGACUCAUGGAUGAACACCCCCUCGACCAUCCUCUCCGCCAUCCCCCGCCGCCUCCACACCCAACCCGACCACCCCCUAACCAUUACCCGCCAACUUAUCGAGUCCCGUUUUCCAGGAUACCAGACUCAUAACAACCUAUUCCCCAUCGUCACUACGCACCAAAACUUCGAUUCCCUAGGUUUUCCCCCAGACCACGUGGGUCGGUCCAGGACUGAUACGUACUAUCUCAACGCCAGCACGGUGCUUCGCACGCACACUUCCGCUCACCAGGCAGAUACCUUCAGGAAAGACGAAGCAGAUGGGUUCCUCAUCAGCGCAGACGUGUACAGGAGGGAUGCCAUCGACCGAAGCCACUACCCCGUGUUCCACCAGAUGGAGGGCGCGCGGACCUGGGACCGGCGACUCGCCGAAAAGCAAGGCAAGACGCUCGCACAGCUCAUUUGGGACGACGUAGACAAGAUCCCUAAGCACUCCGUCGAAGUCUCCGACCCAAACCCCACCAUCCACCCCGAGCGCAACCCGCUCCAGGACGGCCACGCCGCCGACGAGACCGAGGCCAUCGCCGCGCACCUCAAGCGCUCCCUCGAGGACGUCGUCGUCGCCAUCUUCAACGCCGCGAGAUCUGCCACCACCGACGCUGCCGCCUCCGAAGAGCCGCUCAAGAUCCGCUGGGUCGAAGCCUACUUCCCCUUCACGUCGCCCUCGUGGGAGCUUGAGGUCUUCUGGCAGGGCGACUGGCUCGAGGUGCUCGGCAGCGGCAUCGUCCAGCAGUCCAUCCUCGACAAUGCGGGCGUCCCGCACCGCGUGGGUUGGGCUUUUGGCCUGGGCCUCGAGCGCAUCGCCAUGCUGCUCUACGGGAUCCCUGACAUCCGUCUCUUCUGGAGCACCGACGCGCGGUUCCUCGGGCAGUUCAGCGCUUCCGCAGCCCCCAAGCGGUUUACCCCGUUCAGCAAGUACCCCGCGUGCUUCAAGGACGUGUCCUUCUGGCUGCCAGCGCGUUCGUCGAGCAGCGCGGCGGGCGGCGCGAGUCCUCCUCCCACCGCCGCCGGUUCGACCGCAACCACGGGGGCGGGCUUCCACGAAAACGACGUCAUGGAGAUCGCGCGCGAGGUCUGCGGCGACGUCGUCGAGGACGUCCGGCUUACCGACGAGUUCGUGCAUCCCAAGACGGGCCGCAGGAGCAUGUGCUACCGCGUCAACUACCGCCACCUGGAGCGCACGCUCACCAACGACGAGGCCAACGACCUGCACGCGCGCUUCCGCCGCGAGCUCGUCGACAAGCUGGGCGUCGAGCUGCGGUAGCAUGCUUGCGGGAGUCUCCGCCUGCCACGCUGACAUCGCUGGCCUGGCAUGACAGUUCAAACUUGGUUGGAACAGCAACCCCGAUGCGGAUGCAGCAGAACCACCACCGCAGGCCACCGCACCGACUGCCACCCUAUCUAGUGCGCACGCGCUCGCUACACGGUGCCGCGUUGGGGAGGUGGGAAGCCGCAUCGCGGAGGAGGCGCCCAUUGCGGCUGGCGGGGUCGUGUUCUGCGCGCCGCAAGAGGCACUACCGAGCGAAGACGGUCAUCAUCAGGCCCAGGAGAGCUGUAGACUAAACCAGAUGCUUGUAGAUUAUGUACCAUAUCAUACGACUGUACUGUACUAAGAAUUGUACCUUUGGCACCAACCACAAUCCGA